AUGGAUCCAAUUUCCGAAAAUGAAGACAGAAUUAGCAACUUGCCGCGUUGCCUUAUUGAACAUAUCCUCUCUUCUCUUCCAUUAGAGUAUGCGGUGAAAACUAGUGUUUUAUCAACCAAAUGGAGGUAUCUUUGGACUUCCAUCACCAAUCUCAACUUCGAUGAUUGUGAAACGAGAAAUGAAACGAGGUUCAUAAAUUUUGUCAACAGAGUUCUAAUGCGUAAUGUAUCAGAUUUGCAGAAAUUCAGUCUGACAUGUUAUCAGGAUUAUGAUGUUUCACAUCUUAAUGCAUGGAUUUGUACCGCGCUAUCACGUAAUAUCUAUCAGUACUCUUGCUGGCUUCCUGUGCCAAAGUUGGAACAUUUGAGUUAUUUGGAGCUUUCUGUUUUCAAUUAUGUUGAAUGGAAAUUCGUUAUGGAUUUUCUUGCCAACUCGCCACAAUUGGAAACUCUUAUUUUUACGGGUCCUCAUGAGGAUGAAUUCUAUGAUGAAGAGAAAAAUCGGGCUAUGCGGCGUUGGUAUCCACCUCAGAAUGUGCCUUCUUGUCUGUUGUUUCACCUUCAAAAAAUUGAAAUGAUGUCGUUUCGAUAG